AUGGAGAUAAUGCAUCAGGCAGAGGUCCUCAUCGUCGGCGGGGGCCCCACAGGCCUUACACUUGGGCUUGAACUCGCUCUGCAGGGCAUAUCCUUUCGCAUUGUCGACAUGGCGCCGGAUUUCUCCGAAAAGUCUAAGGCUUUGGCGAUGCAGGCGCGUAGCCAGGAGCUGCUAUCGCGUCAUGGUCUUGGUCCAAAGUUGCUCAAAUGCGGCCUCACUGUCAAUGGCGCAACUAUCGUCGUCAAGGGCAAGGAGGUCACAAAUGUUCAACUGGGAAAGAUUGCCGGAGAGAUCAAGGACAGUAUGUACGCUCCGUCACUUGUUAUUGCACAGUCCGAUACAGAGCGGGUACUUCACCAGCGGCUUUUACAGUAUGGUUCCGCUCUAGAGCGCGGGGUCACUGUCAGGGAGAUCACCCAAGACGACACUGGGGCCACGGCCGUUCUCGAAAAUUCAUCUGGCGUCCGAGACACCCUGCGCGUUAAGUAUAUUGUUGGUACCGAUGGUGCUCACAGCACUGUGCGCCAUGCUUCGGAUAAUUUCACAUUCGAGGGCGGGAUAUAUCCUCAAGACUUUAUCCUCUGCGAUGCGUACCUUCGAUCGAACAAGGCAAGCAUUGGGAGAAAUUUAUUCUUGUGUCUAGGUCAGGGAGUGCUGGUCAUCUUUCCACUCAGAGACAACAUGGUCCGCAUUUUUGCCAGUCGUCCAGGAAAACCGAAGCACAACCCGGAUCUUAAGGACUUUCAGCAAUUGCUCGACAGUUUCAAGCCUGGCCAUGGCGAGCUAUACGACCCCAUCUGGAUGACAAGCUACUCGCUUCAUCACAGAGGUGUCAACACCUACCGUGAUCGUCGCUUGUUUGUCGCAGGUGACGCUGCACAUAUUCAUUCGCCAGUCGGCGGUCAGGGGAUGAAUACAGGAAUACAGGAUGCGGUGAACUUGGGUUGGAAACUAGGCGCAGUACUUCGAGGCGAACGUCCCGACUCAUUUCUCGACACUUAUCAUCAGGAGCGGCAUCCAGUCGGCCAACAUCUGCUGAACACAACUGACUGGGUAUUCACCUGGUUAACCUGGACAAACCCGAUUUUCAUGUCCGUCCGCAACUUCGUUGUGCCUUGGGUCGCCCCUUACAUGUCAAGUAAGCCUGCACGGACGAAAAGGGGCUAUCAGUUCAUCUCAGAGCUUGCAAUUCGCUACAGGAAGAGCCCUAUUGUCUGGACCGGCACCGGCUUCAACGGUUCUGUACUUGGAGGCAAUCGUGCUCCAGACGGCAUGAUUACUGGCGCAGACGGCCAGGACAAAGGUUUGUACGAUACUUUGUCAGGUGUCCAUCACAGCCUUGUGCUAUUCUCUGGUACUCAGAGCGACGUUGCUUCUGCAGCAGACCUGGAAAGGGCCAGAAAGAAAUUCCUUGAUGCGAGAUCUCCAGAAAUCAAGGCAGAUGUGUACAUCUUGUAUAACUCAUCGAGCUCCGUGACACUGCGUUCAGGCGAGUUCAGGGAUCCAGAUGAUGGGUUACACCGAAGUUACAAUUUCACAACGCCGGGCUAUGCAUAUAUCCGACCUGAUUACUACGUGGCCAAUAUUGGAUUCCUGUCUACUCUGGAUGAAUUGUGCUCACGCCUUGCUGUGCACUAG